AUGGCCGAAUACAUGAAGCCGAAGUUCGUCAUGACCCCAGAGCUGGAGGCUAUUCGAGCCAAAGGAGGUCUAGAUUAUGAGCCUUGGAUACAAGAUGAAAACACCGAGGCACCUCAGCAUAUUCUAGACAGCCUUCCUGAGCCAGAUGACAUUCCUGGCAUGGCUUGGUUUCUUGGACUGGAUGGAACAAUGAGCACCUUGAUUAUGCGCAAAUACCAAGACAAAUACAGCAACACAGAUACACCUCAGCCUUACGAACUUCAGACCGCACCUUACGAUGAUAGCAAGCAAUUCUACCACUUUCCCAUAAUGCAGAGACUAGUGGAGCUAUACCUAGACCGCGAUGCCGGCGAUGAGAGCGAUCCAGACGAAAGCUAUGAAUCAUAUAUACGUGGAGGCUUGACUCAGGGUCUUAGGCCUGAAUAUGCAAUCUUUUGUGGAUUGCAUGAGUCCGAACCCCGCUGGACCGAGACCUACGCUCAUCAUUUCUACACCAAGAGCUAUCAGGAGCACGCGGACAAUGUAGUGAAGGGCAACUGGGCCGCGUUCGGCAUACUGUGGUGCCAGAGACUGGAGUUAGAACGGACCGCUUUACCUAAACAUGAUGGAGAUGAGAAAAAGAGUGUUGAGUCAGUGAAUGAUGUCACGGAAAGCUAG